AUGCCGAGCCUCAGUUUUCCUGACCAAGAACUCUGGGGUGCAAUGCAGAUGUUCUGGCUAGGUGGAUUUCUUCAGGGAAAGGAAUUUUUGAUGGAAAGAAGCCCUAUGUUGAAUAUUUGCUCAUUUUGUAAUUAUUCUACACCAUACAAGGGAAACUUAAAGAAACAUUUACUUGUACAUAGUAAGGAACAGCCUCAUGCUUGCAAAAUUUGUCACCGGCGUUUCAAUCAGCUGGGAAAUCUUAAAAUGCACUUAAAAAUUCAUGCAGCAGAGCGUUCAUUCAGUUGCCAUAUUUGUGGCUUCAACAUUCUGUUCAAAGACUCAUCUAAAUCAAGAGGCCAGAUAUUAAUGAACCUGUGCUCCAAGUGUGAUUAUUCAACUCCAUAUAAAUCUGACUUGGCAAAGCAUUACCUGGUUCAUAGCAAGCAGCGACCUUAUACCUGUGACGUCUGCCACAAAUGCUUCAGUCAAAAGAGUUUCCGUUUUCAUGCUUCUCAUCAGAAAAGAAAAAUGUUACCUCGAGUACAAAUAGCAGCUGAGUCUAAUCUAAUGUCAGAAGAUGAUUCCUCAAUGUCUGAUGCGGGAAGGCAACUGACUUACAAGAAGCAAGUUCACAUUUGCUAUGUAUGUCAUAAAAGCUUUGAUCGGAAAGGAAAUCUGAAAGUUCAUCUUCGUAUUCACUCGGGUGAAAGACCGUUCAGGUGUUCUGUUUGUGGCAAAGGAUACACUACAAAGCAGUCAAUGCAAAUGCAUUCUUUGACUCACAAGAAGUGA